GUGAAGAAGGUGCAUUUUGUAGUAUUUAUAGCCACAGUUAUUAAUUGUACUGCACAAGUGUCCAAGAAGCUGGACAGCAUUAUAUCUGCAUCCGAUACGUUUUUGGGCCUUCAAGACUUAACAGCAGAAGCACUGCAAUGAUCCUUAUUAUCUACCUGUACAGUAGGUGGCGGAAUGCAGAUACAAUUGUUGCGAAUGCCAUUAUACCAAAGAAGAAGAGGAAAGUCAAUUCGACAACUCUUUUACGUGGCUUUACCCGAGUCUUCAUGACAGCAGGAGAAAUGAGUUGUGUUGGCGACCAUCACACAAUGCUGGCCUCAGAUGAUGUGCUGCCCCCUCCUGGUGACAUCCAGGUCCUGUUGCUGACAUUAGAUUCAGUGUCUCUGAGCUGGAGUUCUCCUCAGGGGCUGACAGGACCACAGACAUUCAGAGUGACCUGGGGGUGUGACGGUGAAACAAGCUCAACAAGAGUGAAAGGUGGGCAUCAUCUUGAAAUAAGCAGUCUCCAACCUGGUGAAAAGUACCAGUUCAACGUGGCUACAGAGGGAGAAGAUGGAAGCCAAAGCAGAUGUGUCUCAGCAUCCCUAUCCACAGUGGUCCCACCCAGAGAUUUCAAGAUAGACCAUUUGGAAGAGACCUCCUUCACUCUCCACUGGUCCAAGGCUGAAGGGAUGGGGAAAGUCCCACAGCACUUCUUCAUAUCCAACUGCAUUCCAGGAACAGACCCCCUCGCAGCCAUUACUGACGACUGCCACAAAACCUUCUCAAACCUGCAACCCGGCACAGAGUACACUGUUAGUGUUGCAACUGUGCUGAGCAAUGGGGAACAGAGUGAACCUGUCUCUACAACAAUCUGCACUAUACAUUUUCAGUGGUGGAAGAGACCCUCUGGAGUUGCUGCAGUGUGUGUUCUACUGGCUGUGAUCAUAGGCCUGUGGGUUUCCUAUGAGAGAGACAAGUUAAAUACCAGGCUUAGGUACUAUGAGAAACCCUGUUUGAAUGAAUGGUGGAAGUUUGGCACCAGCUGUUAUUAUGUCUCCUCCACGAGGGACUCUGCUGGGGACGGUCAGCAGCAGUGCAGAGCAAUGGGUGGAGAGUUGGUUGUUAUCAACAGCAGAGAAGAACAGAUAUUUAUCCAUGGAUUAAAGAAGAAUGUCUGUAUUGGUGCAUAUACAAAUGACGGAAUCUGGGAGUGGCUUGUCAACACAGCAUUUAAACCUACCUAUUGGAUGGAAGGGGAACCAAGUAACUUGAAUGACGAGGUGGCUUGUAUUGAGAUCUCACAGACGGCAUCAGACCCAUUGAAGAGUUGGAAGGUUGUAAAAUGUACUUCAAAUUACUGGGUAUGUGAAAAACCGUUCACACCGUAGUCUAAUUAUAAUCACUAAUGUAAGCCCCUAUCUUAUGGAGUUGCACUGGUUUUCCCUUUGUUAGGCCUAACGUGUUUCUAUGUGUAUCUACAUUGAAAGAUGUAUUUGAUGUCUUUAAAGAGACCAGGGCUAUGUGGAGUUUGUCCACCGUUCAUCAGGCCCAGGGGAGUGGAACUGUGGUCUAGUAGGCUCCAACUGUGGUCUAGUAGGCUCUAACUGUGGUCUAGUAGGCUCUAACUGUGGUCUAGUAGGCUCCAACUGUGGUCUAGUAGGCUCUAACUGUGGUCUAGUAGGCUCUAACUGUGGUCUAGUAGGCUCUAACUGUGGUCUAGUAGGCUCUAACUGUGGUCUAGUAGGCUCUAACUGUGGUCUAGUAGGCUCUAACUGUGGUCUAGUAGGCUCUAACUGUGGUCUAGUAGGCUCUAACUGUGGUCUAGUAGGCUCUAACUGUGGUCUA